AUGGGAGCCCUGUAUUGGCAAUUGAAUGACAUAUGGCCGGCACCGAGUUGGGCAUCCAUUGAACACAACGGUAAAUGGAAAGUCUUACACUCGUAUGCCAUUCACUAUUUGGAUAACCAUUUGGUGUCUCCCUAUGAGGACAGGGAUAAGAGUUUAAAAGUAUCAUUUGUAAGGGACGACUAUUUAGGACAGUUGUCAUUCAACUAUUCAAUAAAAGUGUAUAAGUGGUCACAAGCAAAUAACUUUAUGUUAUUAACUGAACCGAAAAACUCAAAACUCGUGAAACCAAACAUAAAACUAAUUGAUGUGAAGAAGACGUCGACUAAAGUGAACGAUAAGACAGUGUUUGAGUUGAGUCUCUCAUCGGAAACUGUGGCCCCGUCGGACUCAUACACCCCUCCCCCCCACACUCUCAUCAUAUUCAUGUUCGCCUCUUUGGCUGACAGAAGCAGAUGUCUUAAGUACUCGGGAGUGAUGUCUUCCAUCAAAACAUUGGUUGGAAUCCAAUUCGAUCCCUUCGCGAAGAAGGGCUUGGAGUUCACCUCAAAGUAA